AUGACACCAGCUGCUGUCAAAUGGAGUCUUCAAGAACUCAGCGCGAAGCUUCAUCAUCUAAAGAACAACCAAAUAAAGAUAAAAAGCACUAAAGCUCAAGAGCCAGAUGAUGAUUCUGAAGAAGAGAAUGAAGAGAAUGAUGAUGAUUCUGAAGAAGAGAAUGAAGAGGAGGAUGAUGGUGCUGAAGAAGUGAAUGAAGAGCAUGAUGAUGAUGCUGCUGAAGAAGUGAGUGAAGACAAGGAUGAUGCUGCUGAAGAGGUGAAUGAAGAGCAUGGUGAUGCUGCUGAAGAAGAAAAUGAAGAGGAGGAGGAUGCUGAAGUGAAUGGAGACCAUGAUGAUGCUGCUGAACAUCAAGUCCAGCAACACCACCAGGUACAAGAAGACCUCCAAAAUGAAAUCCCAGAAUACCGGAAUUCAACGUUGUUUGAGGAAAUUGUUAGAUCAGUACCAGAAUACAAGGAGGAUGAAAUACAGCUUACAAAAGAGUAUAUGAUGGCGAUCAAUAAUGCUGCUGAAUAUUGGACGAAGAAAGGAGAGCAUCAAAAGAUCCGUGAUGCAAUAGCAUUUUGCAUUAAAAAGAAUAAAUUGAUUCAGAUGCUGUACAAUGAAAAAGAAGAAUUAUUGAAGCAUCAGCAGCAACUGCAGAAGAUGGUUAAGGAAGCAGCACAUCACAAGAAAGUCAUACAAUUAGAUGUUCAUCAGGAAAAAUCCUACAUGACAAAGCUGCAGCUAGAAAAUGAUCAACUUCUUGCAGAGAAGAUUUCCUACUUGGACAUUAUUAAUGAAAAGGAAGCUGUUAUUGUCUCGUUGAGAGAUCAAAAAUUAGCGCAAGAACUGCAGAGUGAAGAGGAUAAAGAAGAAAAGAAAGAAGGUGAAGCAGAAAGAUAA